AUGCUUGUCCCAGAGUCUCAUAGCGUGUACCCAGUGCGUGCAGUAGUUGUCAUGGGCGUCAGCGGCUGUGGCAAGAGCACGAUCGGGCGGGAUUUGGCGGCAGAGCUCGGCGACGUGCCGUUCAUUGAUGCGGAUUCGCUGCACCCGCAGGCCAACAUUAGCAAAAUGGCCCGGGGCGAGCCGCUGGUGGACAGCGACCGGUGGCCGUGGCUGAGCGCGGUCCGGGCGCGGAUCGAGAAGGAGGCCGAGGGUCUGCUGUCGGGCCAUGACAAGUCGCUGAGGCGGGUGCGGCGGAUCGUCAACGACCGUAGCGGCAGCGACCAGGUCUACAGGGAGUUUUUGUCGCGCAGCGACGAGGACCGGGUGACGCACGACACGGUGUUUGUGCAUAUCGAUGUGCCCAAGCAGGAGCUGGAGAGGCGGCUGAAGGAGCGCACCGAGCACUUCUUCGAUCCGAGGCUGCUGGAUUCGCAGCUCGAGACGCUCGAGGUGCCGGAUCCGACCAGGGAGGCGUCGAUUGUUCUGUAUGGAAACGUGUCGGAGCGCGAGGUGGCCCAUGCGGCGUACAUGAGCGUGCGCAACUUUGUCACCAAGAACUCGCUUUAA